GUUCUCCGAGUGUUCUCGAUGUUUUCUGGCGCUCGCCGCCAGUCGUGCCAGUUUUUCCGCCCUGUCCGCGUCUCGGUGCCGGGAUCUGCUUCCGUCCAUGGCCGUCACCGUCAUCUCCGUGGCUUUAUUUACCGUCAGUGAACGCGUCUGUUCGGUGUGACGAGCGGAAGACUGAUUAUCAACACAAAAACGAGAGGCGCUUUUGUUUGUGAGGAGAAACCGUGAACGCGCAGAACGGGCCGAGAAAACAGCAGAGCAUCAGCAGCAUCUUCAUCAUCCUCAUCUUCAGUGUGUGUUUGUGCUGGAAAUCUGAUGUGAGCAGAGCUUCAUCUGGUUCUGCAGGAGCAGGUUGUCCGUGUUCUUCAGUGUGAGGAAGAGAGAGAGCGAGAGACACAGACACACACAGUCUAUCUUUCUCUCUCUCUCUCUUUCUUCUCUCCAUCAUGUCGUCUCCGCUGUCGUCCCCGUCUCCAUGUCCUCCACCUCCUCCAUCUUUGCCGUCCUCCCCGACGCCCUCGUCUCCUGCCCCGUCCAGUCUGCCGCUGCCCCCCGCUCUGCCACCCACAGGAGAGGUGAUGAUUCUGGCUCUGGGCCGUAAGAAGCAGCGUCUGCUCAUCGCUCUCUCCGUCCUGCCAAAUCUGUUCCUGGCCUUCCUGCUGUCGUCCGACCCGCUGCUGACUCUGGCUUCUCCUUUCCGCUGUCGUCUGCCCGGCCCGGCACCCGCUCUCAAGAUGACCAACUCUUCCAGACGGGUGCAGGAUCAGCCCGAGUGCAGGCAGUAUGUCUUCAUUAACGGCACACAGGCGGGCGUGAGGGACUGUGAUGCUGGAUUCAACUUCACUGUCACUGAAGGACUGGCCAAUAACAUCGUCACAGAGUGGGAUCUGGUGUGUUCGCGGUACUGGCUGGUUCCAGUAGAGGAGGUCUGCUUUAUUCUGGGGACCCUGACGGGCUGUCUGUGUCUGGGCUACACGUCUGACCGGCUGGGCAGACACCGUUCUCUGCUGGCGUCUCUGGCCCUGGCUGUGGUGUUUGGAGUGUGUGUGUGUGUUUCUCCAUCACCGCCGCUCUUCAUUGCCAUGCGCUUCUGUCUGGCUGCUGCAAGCGCUGGAGUCUACCUCACACUCUACAUCACACGUCUGGAGCUGUGUGACCAUUCUCUGCGUCUGCUGGUCACCAUGAUAUCUGGUUUGACCAUGUUCUCUGGUGAGCUCCUGCUGCUGGCCGUGGCCCUCGGCUGUGGCUCCUGGAGAGGUCUGAUUGGGACUGGAGCCGCUCCGCUCUCUCUGUUCCUCUGCUACGGGAUCCCGGGUGUGUUUCCAGAAUCACCACGAUGGCUUCUGCUCACCGAGACAUCUGGAGACGCAAACUCCUUCUGUGAGCGCAGCGACCGCCAGAGAGACGACGACAGCUUCACCGAGCUGGACAGUGAAUCGUCCUCGUCUCCUACACGUCCUCAUCUGUCCUUCCCUGAGCUGCUGCACAGCAGAAACAUCUGGAAGAACCUGUGCGUGCUGGGAUUCACAUCGUUCAUCUCUCAUGGCAUCAGUCACUGCUACAGCUCCUUCAGUGAUGAUGUUCGGGGAACUCCUCCGACCUUCUACUGGACGUACCUGCUAUCGGUGUGUGCUGGAGGAGGAGCCUGGCUGCUGCUGUGGGCUACGGUGGACCGCUGCGGCCGGAGGGGGAUCCUGCUGCUGGCCAUGACCCUCACUGGACUGGCCUCGCUCAUCCUGCUCGGACUCAUGGACUACCUGAGUGAUGGAGCCAUGAAGGUGUUCUCCAUAAUGGGUCUGUUCUCGUCUCAAGCGGCCGCUUCCCUCUCUAUUCUGUUCACGGCUGAAGUCAUGCCCACCGUCAUCAGAGGAAGUGGCGUUGGAGCUGUAAUGGCGCUGGGUUGCGUGGGUCGCCUCAGCUCUCCUCUUAUGGAUCUGCGUAACCACUACGGCUACUUUCUGCACCAUGUGGUUUACUCAUCUCUCGCCCUGCUGGCUGUCCUCUCCAUCCUGCUCCUCCCAGAAAGCAAACGCAAACCCCUUCCACAGACUCUGGCGGACGGUGAACAGUACCGGCGGCCACCGCUGGUCCGACACCGGAGAGAUAACGUUCCUCUCCUGGCCACUCCAAACCCAGAGACCUAGCCUUCGCACUUCACCUAUUGGGGAUCCGCAGCCUCUUAGCCUUGUAUUAGUAGUCAUUCCUAACACGUGUCGGGGGAGUCAUCGCACAUAGACUCCAUCCUGAAGUGUGUGAGGAGUGAGUGAACGGUACCAAAACUGUACCAGAAACCAGCGAAACGCAUCCAGAGUAUGCAGACGCUCCAACAUGUCAGCGUGCAGUGCUGCACGUCAAGGGCAAAAGCUCCAAUUCAACACUGAAGCCUGACCCGUGUAGCAUCCAGUGACUUAUCAGUCACAUUAAAGGGUUAGAUCAUGCAAACAUGAGCAUUCAGGCAUCCUAGGUGUACAUCAUUUUCUACUUUCAGUCAAAUCCAAUUGAUUAUUUUUCAUUUUUCUAGUUCUACAAUGUUUUUAUCAACAAUGCAAGUCCAAUAAAGCACAUGCAUCCAUAUUAAUACAUGCCUCACGUGGCUCGGGUGGGUGAAUAAAGGUCUCCUUUAGUGAAACAUAGCCAUAUUUAACACUUUAUCAACUACUCUGCGCUGUCUACCAUUGUCUGUUCUUUCUUUUGAGGUGAUGUUUAUUGGUGUAUUAGUGCCACCAGCUAGACAGUUUGUUGCCUCAAUACAAAUAUAUACAGCAAACUUCACAAUAGACAUGUUAAACUAUCAAGAGAUACCAUUAAACACACAUUCUGCCUUUUCCGGGGUGCUGAAAAAAAUGUAUAAUCCAUUUAUCCUGCAUUCUGAUAAGCUGUAAACAGAUGAGACACAAAACAGCUCCUUUUAGUAUCCCUGCCUUUCCUGUUUUCAAAAUAAGAGUCCCCUAUAUAUAUAACUGCUGUAAUCUCACUAGGAAAUUUGGUGGCCAAUUAAACGCUGCCUGGGGUGUGCAUAUUAAUGAUCCCUUGUGGAUCGUCAGAGUUGAUGCUUUGUUCCAAAUGGCCUAAUUUUCACCAGGAUUAUUUUACAUGAGAACGAGGAAACAAUGGUGUUUGAAUCCUACUGUAUGUCAUUUGCAUAUCCUGAACACUGUGUCCAAGUAUAUCCUGAUUUUCCUAAUAUGUAACCUUUAAAAUAACUCAGAUUGGAUUUGAAGUCAUACACCUCGGAUGCCUUAAGGGUAAAUAAUAGGCUAAUGUUCAUUUUUGUGUGAACUAACCCUUUAAAUCAUUCGCAGAGACAAGGGCUGAUUGUUUUUGAUCUUUUUGAAAGCGGGUUUAUGUUCUCACUCCAGAUGGAAGAAUAAUGGAUUCGGUUCUCUUAGUUCUUUAACACGUUGCUGCUAAACAUCCUGAGGAUCUUUGAAGGAAUGAUUAUCCCACUGAGGAUCGUUUAUAUGCACUUUGAGUCAUGAUUAUUAUUCUUAUUGUAUGUUACACGUCACUCUUGGUUGAAGGAAUGUUAAAGGAAUAUAACUUGAGACACACAGUUGAAGAAAAACAUAUAUAUAUUGAUCCUGCUGAAUUCAAUUCUUUCCCAAGUGCUGUUUAACAGAUUUUUUUCAACACAUUUUUAAACAUAAUAGCUUUAAAUAACUGAUCUCUUGUCUUCACCAUGAUGACAGCACAUAAUAUUUUACAAGAUACUAGUAUUCAGCUUAAAGUGACAUUUAAAGGCUUAACUAGGCAUGUUAGGUUUAUUAGGUAAGUCACUGGACAACUGUGCUCUGUUCUGCAGAUCAGUGGUCCACAAACGUUUUAUCACCGCAGACCGGUCAACACUUGACAAUAUUACCGCAGACCGGGGUUGGUCGAUGGUUCGUAGGUUACUAGGCGACCAUCAACCGUUUUCUCAGAGGAAGAAGGGCUGACGAAACACUGCUGUCACUUUGAUACAAGUUUUAUUUAUGGAGAAAAUGACUGAGCACUGCAGUGUUUGGGCGUUCAGUGUUUGUCUCGGAUAAUUAGUCUACCGAAAUGUGUAUAUUCCAUACAAGCUGAAGUUGAUUGGUCAGUUCUUGUCAAGGAAUUCGCGGUGCGCUCGUGGCUUUCAUUCAACUGUGUGCGUCUGGAAGGCGUAAGCGCAUUCUGUUGCUUGCGCACUCAAGCCACGCACAUCCAUUGGAAAUUGAGCGUACUCUAGAAAUACGCGAUAUGCGAACAGCCCCUAAAAGGCCGCCGUCAUUUGCGAUCUCCAGCAGUUGAUCUUUUUGCACAGACAUGCUGGAUUCACCUGAUAUUUGUCAACAAGUCAUCUAUAUUUGGUUGUGGAGCUAUCCCUUGGCAGUCCGCGGGUCUUUCACUGGGCCUUUUCCCCUUAGCAAAGAAACUUUCCAAAGACGCCUGUUUCCUACUCAUUUUGCUGCUUGUGGGUUAAAUUUAGGCACUCAAGUGACCGAGAUGUAAGCGAGAGAUCAUUUUUCAAAAUAAAAGAUCAUUCAGGCUCAGAUAAUGAAUAAAACAGAAAUAAUCAAUGAUUUCUUGUGCACUUCCUGGUACCAAUUGAGGACCACUGCUGUAGACAAUUGAUAAACAAAAUCUGAAGCUGGCUAAUAAUACAGUUUUUUAUUCCAGCCAAACUAAAUAAAUAAAACUUUUUCCAGAAGAAAGAUAAAAUAGGAAAUACUGUGGAAAAAGCAGGUUUUACUGUGUUAAACAUCACUUGGGGAACAUUUAAAAAAGUAAUUACAAUUGCUAAUAAUUCAACUGUAAGUGCAGCACCUGAAGCAUGUUGUGGAUUAUCACAGACUUGAUUAUAUUGAGCAGUAAAUCAUAACUUAUGUGCUGUAAAAAGUCUGCUUUUAAACCCUUGUUUGAAUUGCUCCAUAGACUUCUCCAUAGACAAGCUGACGGACGAGGAAUAACAGAUCAAAUCAAGCUGUAUUUAACCUGAAAUAUUAUUUUAACGAGGCUUUUGCUCAUAAUGACCUUAUUUCUGUUCCUCAAAGAUCGAGGCUGACGAGCAUGAGGAAGGUCAUCUGAAUGUUGACACUAGGGCUGGGUAUAAUGUCUAAUUGAUUAUUUAUAUGGGUUGAUUAGCUCCAAUAUGGAUUAGUUAUUUAUAUUUAAUUUAAUAAAAUGUAGUUUUCCUGACACAUAUUCCAUACUUGAAUAUAAUUGCUGGUAACUGAAUCUCCCCUAUUUAUCUAUAUGAAUGAAAUGCACAUUUAUAGUACAUUAACAAUAGAGCCCACACAAUUGUUUCCUUACUUUUGUACUUUGCGUAAAAACAGAUACGUGUGGAUACAUGGUAUACGCACUUGGAGACAAAUGUGGAUUAGUAAACUUCAUCUUUACCACCAUUGUUUACUUUUACACACCAGACUUUAAUCUUGCUUACUUCAAUUGGCUACUGUGAUUUUAUUUAAUUAUCAUGGAAGCGAGUGCAAAAUGGCGACAUCUUCUGGAUGAUUGGUGAAGUGCAGAUAUUCACACCCUCUAAAUUACAAAGAUGAAAGUCUGGAUGAAAUCAAACUUUAUUUUGCUAGUGCACAUCUUUAUUCUUAAGCUGAACAAUUAAUCUAUGCAAGUUAAUACUUAAAAAAAAGAGUUUGUAAUGUUAAUCUUUAAUUAAAAUCUGCCAUCUGAUUGGGCUAAAUAUGCUUAGCUCCACCCCUCCAAACAUUAGUUUGCUGUGGUUGAAAGACGAGAGGUGGAGCACAAGCUCCGCCCCCUACUCAAUAUUCCAUUUGAGCAGCAAAUACGUCGUCAUACUGAAAUAAGUCUCAAGUUCUGCUUCACACAGAUUUUAAAGUCUCUUUAAGAAUCAGUAUUAUUUCCUUAAAUAGACAAAAAUCAGAGUUAUUUAUUGUUGUCUUUUGUACCCACCCCUAGUUAACACUGUUUUGAAUUGAUAUGAUUCUCAUGUCUGGCUCCCUGUAUUCCUUUUGUAUUUGCACAUUGCAGUUUUAGUCAGAUUAUGAAAUAAUGAACAGUGGAAAUGUGAGUGAUCUAGCUUUUCUCCUUAUUGUGUUAGAUUCUUUAAAAUGCACUUAAUAAUUCUGAACCGAUAGUAAUAAUUCUAUUAUUACUACUUGAAUAAUAAUGGAUAAUAGUAGUAAGUCUGGUGAUUGUGCAACAGUUACUAAACAAUGCUGUAAUUAUGAAUAAAUCCUUAACCAAGUCUAAUCACAAAUAAAAUCUUCGAAAUCCUCAGAA